AUGAAAGCAACCAAAAAUAAGAGAGAUAGCAUUGAUAAAUCCAAUUCUGGUCUAUUAGCUUAAAUGUAAGGAGAAGAUAAUUUUACAACUAAAGUAGAGGCAAAUAAGCUUUUCGAAAAAAAGACUAUUAGCAUCAAAAGGUUGAGCGAAAAAAUAAAAAAUGUUUAAGAAGAAGAAAUCGAUGCAUCUGAAAAUGAUCAGAACCAAAACUCUCAUCGCUAACCGAAGACAUAAACAGAUCUUAUUUUCAAACUUUUGAAUCAAGACUUAAAUUUAGCUCCAAUAUAGCGAAAAAGUGGAAAUGUUUCUCCAACUUAAAAUGAUCUUGCUGAUUCUCCUUCAAAAUCAUAAAACUCCUAAGGAAGUAAAAAAGAUAGUGGGAAAAAUGUUAGGAUGGAGUUAUCAGUGAACACUUAAAAGGCGCUUUUUAAGCCUAUUAACUCAAGAGACAUAGAUGAUUUAGAAUCCCCUGGCCAUAGAAAUGGUCUUCUCUUCAAAUUUUUCGAGAAUCAAGUUAGAGAGAAGAUGUAACAAGCCAAGAUCGAAGUAUCUAUGUUUGAUGCUGAUAAAUAAAAAUGUGAUGAAGAGGUGAAAGAAUCAAAAUCAGAUGCAGUGAAAUCAGGCCUUAUUAAAGGAUUUUUAAAAAAGAUAAAUUUUUCAAAUAAUAAACAAAACUCUAAAUAAAUGAGAGUAAAGAUGAAAUUGACAACUAAGACGACAAUAGUCUCGAUGAUAAUAAAACUAACCAAAAUAAUGAUCUACCCCGCAAGAGUUCAAUUAAAAAAUUCGGAAGCUAAAGAACUAAAGAUGCCAGGAAAAAGAAAACAAUAGAUGUUUUUGAAGAGGCUGAGAAUUUUACUGGAGGAGAAAUCGAUGAUAACAAUCCAUCAAGGAGAACAUUUAAUGCUUUUGCUCUAUACAUGUAUAUAAGGACCCUAUGCUAUUGCAUUUCUAGAAAAUUCUGAUUAGCCAUGGUUAGUUAUUAACGCUGUUGUUGAUGUUAUUUUCUUUAUUGAUAUAAUUGUGAACUUUUUGUCCGCUUUUUAUGACAAAGAAUAUGAAAUGAUUGAUGAUAAAAGAAGUAUUGCAAAGUAGUAUCUCUAAUCUUGGUUUUUGAUUGAUUUAUUAUCUAUAAUUCCUUUCGACUAGAUUUUUGAGUAAGCAAGUUAUAACAGAUUAGCAAGAGUGAUAAGGAUUGGCAAAAUUUAUAAGAUAGUUAAAAUGACUAGGUUAGUAAGAAUGCUUAAGAUAGUAAAAGAACGAAAUAAAUUUGUUAAAUAUCUGAAUGAGGUCUUACAGAUAGGUAUCGGCUUUGAGAGGCUAUUGUUUAUGAUGUUGAUUUUCUUGGUGCUAUGCCAUGUAACUGCCUGCUUAUGGAUAUUCACAGCAAGAUUCGAUGAAUACUCAAAGAUAAACUGGAUAUUCUAAAAUAACUUUUAGGAUUUCGAUGAUUUCACAUUAUAUAUAACUUCCUUCUACUUUACUGUCACUACAAUAGUUACAGUAGGAUAUGGAGAUAUUCAUGCUUAUAGCAUUGGAGAAAAAUUUAUGUCAAUCUUUUUGAUGAUUAUUGGAGUGAUCUCUUUUUCUUUUGCAACUGGUUCUCUAUCUAGUAUCAUAUCUAACUAUGAUGCUUCUUAGGCCUAAUUGAAGGAGAAGAUGGCAACUCUUAAUGAUAUAAAGAGAAAAUAUGACAUUCGGCCAGAUUUAUUUGAUGAGCUUAGAAAAACAGUGAAGUAUGAUCAUAGUAAAAACUAUCAUGAUGUAAUGAAAUUCAUGACAGAGCUUCCCUACAAACUGAAAAUAGAAUUGGCUCUUGAAAUACAUAAGGAUAUCUAUAGAGAUAUAGAAUUUUUCAAGAAAUAAGAUAAAAAUUUUAUAGUUUGGGUAUGCCCACUACUCAGACCAUUUUUAGUAUCAGAACAAGAUUAUAUCUAUAAGGAAGGUGAUGACAUUAAAGAAAGGGUAGCAGGAUACGUGAUACCAAGAUUCCAUAACACAGUGUAUAUUUAAAUAGAAAAAGGAGACACUUUCGGGCAUAUUGAUUUGGUAUAUGAUCCAGAGAUACUCAACAUUCAGACAAAUAUUAAGAAGAAGACAUAAAAAAACAAGGAUAUUUUCCGAAGGUUCACAAUACAAGCAAUUAUUAAUUGCGAACUUCUGAUCCUCACUUUAGAAGAUGUUGAUAAAAUGAAAAUUGAAUUUCCAGAAGUAUUCGAUCGACUCUUUAACAACAGCUUAAAACGAUUGUAAAAAAUCUUAAAACUUAAAAUUGAUGCAAUGGAGUAGUGUGAGAAGGCUAACUCAAUAAGUAACACGAGCUCAAACAUGCAGAAUAAUAUUUUAAAUCAACUAUAGUCUGCAAUUAACAAGGAAAAUGGAAAGAAACUGGGAAUCAAUAUUCAAGAAUACAAAAGCAAAAAGCUCAAGAAACUUCUUACUCUCUCUGACGUUAAAGCAGUGGCUAACUUUUCAUCGAAUUCAGCAUCUUUGAAGUAAAUAGAUGAGGAGAUAGAAAGUUCUUUUCAUAGUUCCGAUGAAUCAGACGACGAGGAUAGCCUCAAGUCCAGUAGUAUAAGCAUAAAAACUGAAAAUAAUGAUGAGGAUAACAUAGAGGAUAAAAAGGAAGUUUCAAUAAAGGAGGAAGAAAAUACAAAUCAACCGGGUGAUGCUUCGAAUACGAGUAAAAGAUCGAGAAUAAAAAUUGAUAUUCUGCCGCUAGAAGACCUUGAUGGAAGUGAUCAGUAGCCGGAAUCAAAGGAAGUUCCUGUUUUAAAACUAGAAAGAAAAAAGUCAAAGCUGCUCUAGAAUCGAUAAUAAGAGUCAAGCGUAGCAAACAGUGAAAACUUUAAUCUUGAUUAGAAGACUUUCAUUUAAAAGUUCAAGAACAAAUUUAGUGCUAGGAAAAGUAUGGUGAUCGCUGACGAUAAUUAAAACACUUAAAAUCUUUAGGAGCAAAUUUAACAGUAAAGCUAAAACACAUAAGACUUGAGUAAGAGAGUGGAUAAUAUAGAGGCUAUGAUGUAGACACUUCUAAGUACUGUUUAGGAAAUGAGAGAUGAUAUGAAAGAGAUGAAAAAUUAAGCUGGAUAGCAUAAGUAUCUUUAACAUCCCAUUGCUACCUUGAAAAAAACUAAAUUUUCUAGUUUUGUCUGA